AUGUUAUCCCACCCAGUGCAGGGAGUCUGCGAUGCCAGCAGCGAGGACAGCAAAGGCUGCCAAAUUCAUAAAGCACGGGAAAGAUCAUUGGCCUCAUAUCUGCGGCAAGGAUGCUUGAAAUGCGGCAGUUUUGGCAUGCAGGCUUCGUUGUUGUUGUUCCGUGUCGCUCUAUUGACAGCUGGGCCAUUCUUCACAGCUCUAACCAUAAGCUACAAGGACAGAUUGAGUGAGAACUCGUAUGGCGCUUUGCACCUCGAUGCCUUCUUUGUAUGGGUCUUGGGCGGACUUUGCUGCUUGAGCACCAGAAAGGUGCCAAAGAUGUCGUCAUUCAUUCUCCACACCCGCGGCUGGUUUUUCAUGAUGUUCCUGACGGCCGUCUUGUCAUUCUCAACAGACCGUUGCUGGAGACUGCGAGCUGGGGCCUUCGACAGUGCCUUUUACAAGCGAGCAGUUUCUGACGUAAACAUCUGUCGGGUUCAUGGCGGCGCAAUGUGGCAGUUGCUGGUGGUGGGCAUGGUUUGGCAGUGCUGGCUAUUGAAGCUGCGAGUUGCGGCUCUAGAUCAGGGUCGCGUGUGUAGCCGCGAAAACGCGCUUCACGGGGUCUUUAUUCUACAGACGGUGCUUCUGUUUGCAGGCCUCUACUCGCGUGUGAAGUACCUUGUUCUGCGUUUCAAUAGCAUAGAGCCUUCCGCAGCUGAUGAGCACACUGCUGGUUGGCUAAGGACCGGGAGUGUCAUGCUUCUUCUAGUGGCCUUAGUUUUGACCACCAUUGCUUACUUGCGCUUGCUUCCCAACGUGAAGUCUGUUGCCAAGAACGCAACAGGCAGGCAGGAGGCAGAGGCGCGCAGAGUUCUCCGCGCUUCUCGCAUACAUGUCAUAGCAUCAAUGGCAGCAACAGCAGUCACUGUCAUGUAUACGGCUAUGGACAUGUGCAACAGGUUGACUGCAUGGUUUGAUCCCGCAGCAACUUGGCGGACUUCCGACGCUUGGGGCUGGUCUAUAAAGGUCAUGUUUGGAGUUGACCUGAUUGUAAACGGAUGCGCGAUGCUCAUACUCUCAGGCGGCGUGUUGGCGCAGACGGUUCCGGCGUGCUGCGACACCGGUUCCGCCAACGAAAGUAUCAUACCUCCUAAGCCCAGCUCCUCAGAAUGUUCAGAGUGUCCUCAGUGGCAGCAGAAAGUGCGCGAGCUCUCCCAGCGCGGUCUAAGCCUAGACGCUCUGCUGAAGUUCUAUGGGCAGCUGGGCCGGGACUGUAUGCCACAUUACCGACCCGACCUCCACACAACUGCAGAUGUGGUGCGCCAAGCUAUCAUACCAGGCUCGGCAGCUACGGCUUUUGGCUCAUGUGCUAUGGCCACAGUGUUAAUGCAGGGUGUAGCCACACCAGCACAGCGCAUGGUCACACAUGCGUGGAGCAACUUGUUCGCAGACCUAGUGGCCGCUGUUGUUGCUGACGCUCUGGACUACUCUAGCUACGCAGAUGUUAGAGAACGGUUGAAGCCUGGAAAGUUAGGCCACCUUUACACAGAGCUGCAGCAGCAAGACCUCCUGCAACUGCGCUACUGGAUCUGUGCUUUCUGCGUGAACCAGCAUGCAGGCAUCUGUGCGGGGAAUCCUAAUCAGGACAGGGACCCUGUAACCCUGCAACUUCAUCCGGUUUGCGACUGUGGCCAUCCAAAGUUUUGGAACGACACUGAGCCCUGCCGAUUCGGUCGAUCUGAUGGUGAGAGCGUGGGAUGCGAGAUGAACAAGUUUUCUGACAUGAUGUCGCUGCUGGCUUCUCAUGACCCGCUCUUUCGACAGGUGGUUGCUGUGGAUCAAAAGUUCGACCUCUUCAGCCGUGCGUGGUGUGUCGCUGAAAUCAGCCAGGCGUACUCAUGCAACAUGGGGCAGCGCCUCCUCUUCCACUCCCAGAGCAAUCUGGACAUGCAUAGGGAAAGCUUGGAUGCACUCAAAGUGGAAGAAAUGCAGGCGUCUCGGCCAGAGGACGUAAAGAUGAUUCUGAGGAAGAUCGGGGACGUGGCCCGCUUCAACGACAAUCUUCGGUGGAUGAUUUUGGAUGAAGAGAAGGGGCUCUUGAAGAGUUGGAAGGAUGCCACAGACAUUGCCAACGUGGUGAGGCGCAUUGCGUAUCGACAGCGCGCCGUGUGA